CCGUGAACGCGGGUUUCCUUUUUUUUCUUUCUACCUGCUCUCUCACGUUCUCCCCGCCCCAUUAUCCGAACCUGUAUAUGUAUGAAUAAUUUCUGGUCUGAUGACCGGCAUGCUGUCACGGUUGCUUUGCAUAGGAGAAAUGCUUACAACGACAAAAGAACGGAGCGAGGCGCAACUUACGUUACUUCUUUUCCUUUCCGCAUAGCAUGGUGUGGCAUGACAAGGCUGAAGUGGAUAAAACAAAAUGGGAGUUGGCCAAAAGGAAGUGAAGUGGCAUGGAGUGCAAUGGAGCACGGGAAAACAAGGCAAAACGGACGUGUGCCUGAGCAGCCCGGCACUUUGAUGUACCUUACAAAAACCGGCUGUGUUUUCCCGUUUUCUAUCCUUUUUCCUCUCUCUAGUAUCGAUGAUCGUACGGACACUGUGGUAAUGAGUCACGGCAUGGCAUAUUGCCUGCUUGUUUUCUUCUACUUGGCAUGGUCUUCCCUGCAUUCGCGCCUGGAAAACAAGCAGCAUGCACGAGAUGCGAUUUUCUGCUACUUUAGUAAUGUUUGUUAGCCUGCUCCAUGUGUUAGGGGAUACAUAAAAUGCCGGCUAUGUUUCUCUUUCCGUCUCCUCCCAGCGCAUUGCAAACAUGUUUGUGAAGUAUGUAUAUCAGCUAGACCAAGAGGAAGCC